AUGCCCUCGGAGAGCGGGGAUUCGAGACCUGGGGCCUGGGACAUAAACACAAGGACAAAGCAGGGACGACCGAGAGCCACCAGGGGAUGCUGGGCCCCUGGAGGACGAGGUGGACGGUCGCUUGUCUCCGGUGUCCCUGCCCCUUUCCCCUGGUGUUCCCCUGCACCGUGGGCCCACAGCCCUUCCCCUCGGGGUCCCUGUACAAUGGGAUUUAUUAGGGUCUCUCACAACUUCUCCCCUGUCUGGCUUCUCUUGCAGGUGCUUGACAAGGAUCUGUGCAGAGUGAGUCAGGAGCAGGCGGUCAAUGGCCUCCGACCCUCCAGAGACCCCCUUGUUAUUCAAGUGCUGCGCAGGAGUCCGAGAGGCAAAAUUGCAACAUCGGUCCAGGACCUGCAGCUCGUCGACAAUGGCACACAAACCGACAUCACCUUCGAACACAUCAUGGCCCUAAGUAAGGUGCGGCCACCCUCGCCCCCUGUAGUACAGCUGGAGCCCUACGCCCUGUCUGACCUCCCUCCCAUUGGGAAUGAUUUUUACGACCCCAAUGACUACCUGGACAGCGGUCACCAUGAGGUCGAUCGGUCAGAAGAGCUGGAGUAUGAGGAAGUGGAACUCUACAAACAGAGCCACCAGGAGAAGCUGGGACUGACUGUGUGUUACCGCACCGAUGAUGAAAACGACACUGGAAUUUACGUGGGAGAGAUUAACCCGAAUGGGAUCGCAGCGAGAGAUGGCCGGAUUCGAACAGGAGACCGGAUCAUUCAGAUAAAUGGGGUGGAAGUUCAGAACAGGGAGGAGGCAGUAGCGAUCCUCACGCGGGAGGAUAGCACGAAUGUUUCCUUAUUAUUAGCACGACCAGAGAUGGAGCUGGAUGAAGGCUGGAUGGAAGAGAGGAACGAGGCAAUGGAUAUCCCCACUCGAGACGAGGGAGAGGAGUUAACCGCACGGAUUGGAAAAACCAACCCAGCGCAGCAUAAGGUAAGGGAGGAGGAGAAGGGCUCCAUGGAUCCUGGGAACAUGCUGAGCUACAGCCAGGACCUGGACAGUGGGGUCGGUCGCACCGACGAGAGCACACGCAAUGAUGAGAGCUCGGAGCACGACAUCCUGGGGGACGACCAGACCAGCACCACCACCACCAACACCUCCAACACCACGCCAGGCAGCCUGAGGAGAUUCCAGCACAGCAAGUUCGAGGCCCCCACCAUCCGGUCCCGGGACUUCCACCUCAGCACCGACUCGCUGGCGGGGCCGGACCUGGUGGUCGCUGAGUUACCUGGACUCACCGAGGAGGAGUGCGAGCGCUACCGCGAGCUGCUGGAGAUCAAGUGCCACCUGGAGAACGGCAACGGCACCGGCCCCGGCACCGGAGGCCUCUGCUACCAGCGGGGUGGGGGGCUGGACGUCAACCGCAACGAGGGGGUGGGCCGCCUGGCCGCCAUGCUGCAGGAGGAGCUGGGUCAUCUGGAGUUCAAGUGCCGCAACGUCUUGCGGGCGCAGAAGAUGCAGCAGCUCCGCGAGCGCUGCAUGAAGGCCUGGCUGGCCGGCGAGGGGGGAUCCUUCGAUGCCGCUGGCUUUGUGCCCGGCGGGGACCCCCUGCGGCACGGCCUCUGCGACAUCACCGAACUGCCCGAGCGCUCGGACAAGGACAGCACCAGCGCCUACAACACCGGGGAGAGCUGCCGCAGCACCCCGCUGCUGGUGGAGCCGGGGCCCGGCAGCCCCUCGCGGCAAGGCAGCCAGCGCGGCGCCCCCAACGCCAACGCCAACCUCAACCUCGGCCGGGUCCCGGCCAAGUUCAGGAGCCUGCCCAGGGAGGGGGAGGGGAGGCGGCCGCCGGAGGAGAGGGCCAGGCGAGGGCCCAGGGGGGCCGGCGGCGAGGCCAGCCCUUACCUGUCGCGGUGCCACCCCUCGCCCAGCCGGCAGGGCCACCUGUCGGAGCGCUACCACAGCUGCGUCCAGCUGGUGCAGCCCCAGGCCGGGGUCGAGUACGGCCAGGGUCUGCCGGCCGGCAAAGCGGGGGCGCAGGCCGAUGCCCGCUCGGAGUGGAAGGUCAAGGUGCGCAGCGAUGGCACCCGCUACGUGGCCAAGCGCCCGGUCCGGGACAAGCUCCUCAAGGCCCGGGCCAUGAAGAUCAGGGAGGAGCGGAGCGGCAUGACCACCGACGAUGACGCCGUCAGCGAGCUGAAGAUGGGCCGCUACUGGAGCAAGGAGGAGCGGAAGCAGCAUCUGCUCCGUGCCCGCGAGCAGCGCAAGAGGCGGGAGUUCAUGAUCCAGAGCCGCCUGGACUGCCUGAAGGAGCAGCAGGUCACCGAGGGCCGCAGCGAGCUCAGCAUCAUCGCGCUCAGCCACAAGAAGACCAUGAAGAAGCGGAACAAGAAGAUCCUGGACAACUGGAUGACCAUCCAGGAGAUGCUGGCACACGGCACGCGGACUGCGGACGGCAAGCGGGUCUACAACCCGCUCCUGUCCGUCACCACCGUUUAA